UAUUUGCACCAAAGAUUCAAGAAGGUGAAACUAUUAAUAUCUAUUUAGAUCUAAUAUAUGGACCUUUAGUAUCAGAUGAUGAGUUAAAAAAUAAUGAUAAUAGUGAUUCAAGUUUUACAAGCAAUAAUAAUGAUAUUUCAAUAGCAAAGACUCAAUGA